UUUGAUUCUUUUCUUAUCACGAAAAGUAUAGCUGAAUUCAAAAGAUAUUUCUUGGCCCAAGCUUGACCACUCAAACUGCUGUAUUAAAAUACCUAAAUUUCAUGACCAAUUAAAAUAAGAUGGAAUAUUACGCUGCUCAAGAAAUUAUAUAUUUUUUUCUAUUUUGCUUGUAUUGUACGUACCCAUAAAGCCUCAGUAAAGUUUAUUUAAACACUGGCAGUUACAAAACGCAUUUGCUGUUAAACAACAGACUAAUGCUUGCGUGUAAGCAACUUAAAGUAUAAUUAACAAUCAAGUAAAAUACCGUCAGUAUUCGUGGAAAUGAGGAAAACUCGUCACUUGUUCAUAGGUUUUGCUGUUAUCUGUCUUAUUUCUGCUGACUGUUUAGGACAAGAAGUGGCAGGUUCUGCGAUUAAAAUUGAUGGAAUCUUGGGCCAGGAAGUUUCUCUGCCUUGUAGUAUUGCGCCACCUACAUUCGACGAUGAUGUAGCGUUGGUGUUGUGGUACAAAGACGAGUCAUCAACACCUAUAUACAGUCUUGAUGCUAGGCGAGGAGUUCUUGGACAUGGAAGACACUCAUCAAGUGAUAGCUACGCUACAAGGACUUACUUUAGCACAGUGUCAAAGCCUGCAACGUUGCAAUUAACGUCGGUUACAGAACAAGAUGAGGGUAGAUAUACCUGCCGGGUAGACUUCAGGAUAGCACGAACCAGAUAUUCGGAAAUUAUGUUGACAAUUAUAGUGCCGCCACAUAAACCAAGAAUUACAGAUGAAAAAGGUGAUGUACUUGCUACAGUUGCAGGACCAUACAAUGAAGGGGAUCGUUUGGUAUUACUGUGUGAAAGUGAAGGAGGAAAACCAACACCUUCGUUGACAUGGUGGAAAGAUUCUGAGCUUAUUGAUGAUUCUUAUGAAGUAACACCACAAAAAAUAACGUUUAACCAGCUUCAUGUUUCUGCACUUCAUCGCAAUGAUCUUAUGUCAGUUUUUACCUGUGAGGCCUUGAAUAAUAACAUGUCCCUUCCAAUGACUGCUUAUGUCAAAAUUGAUAUGAACUUGAAGCCCAUUCAGUUGGAUAUAGAUGGUGCUUAUAAACCUUUAUCUUCUGGAAAGCUAACAGAAUUAGAAUGUAAAACAUCAGGAUCAAGACCACCAGCUGUAGUGACCUGGUGGAAAGGCAACAGGAAGCUUAAACGAACGAAAAACUGGAUUACGAGUAACGGGAAUGUCUCUAUUAGCACCCUAAUUUUCCAACCGUCUCUAGAAGAUAAUGGAAAAUACCUGUCCUGCAGAGCGGAAAACCCGAAAAUAACUAAUAGUGCGAUUGAAAAUGGGUGGAAACUUGAAAUAUAUCAUGUUCCAAUUCUCUCGCUUCGCCUUGGCAGUAAAUUAAGGCAUUCACAUAUACAAGAGGGAUAUGAUGUCUAUUUUGAAUGUGAUAUUACUGCAAAUCCAUGGGUCACAGAUAUUGGCUGGGAAUUCGAGAGAAAAGAAUUGAGUACGAACACGUCUGCAGGUAUAAUUAUUAGCAACCAGUCUCUCGUUCUACAAAAGGUUAACAGGUCGAGUAGAGGGCGUUAUACUUGCACAGCAUCAAACAUCCAGGGUGAGGGUGUCAGCAACUCUCUUCAUUUAAAAGUUCAAUAUGCCCCGACGUGCCGAAUUGGUCAGAAAUCUGUGUAUGGAGCUGCUCGACAUGAAACCGUAAAAAUUUUUUGCGACGUUGAGGCAGAUCCGACUGAUGUAACGUUUCAGUGGAGAUUCAACAACACGAAAGAGGUUUUAGACGUUACGACAUUUGAAAGUGAGGAAAAGAGAAGUACGGCUACUUUCUCGCCAAGAGGAGAUGGUGAUUACGGAACAAUACUUUGCUGGGGAAAAAAUUCGGUUGGGAUCCAAAAAGAACCGUGUGCCUUCCAACUUGUUCCCGCAGGUCCACCAGAUGCCGUGGCAAACUGUUCACUUCAAAACCAAACGGAACAUUCAAUAGAAUUAGAAUGCUUCGAAGGGUAUGACGGAGGACUAAGCCAGCAUUUUGUAAUGGAGGUCCACGAUACAACAUUCCAUAAGCUUCGAGCUAACUUGUCCUCAGCAGAUGCCAGAUUCUACGCCACAGGACUUCCCCCAGGGACGAAUUUUGUCGUUAUAGUUUACGCUGUGAACGCUAAAGGAAGGAGUAAUGCUGUAGUACUUCGAACUAGUACUUUAGCCGUACCUCUAAAACAAUCUCAGACAGAAACUGUUUGGCAGAUGACAUUUAGUCCAGUACUGGCAAUUUUGGUCGCCAUUGUUGCUGGUUUAGUUCUGGUUUCAUGCUUGAUUGUUUUAGGAAUGAAAGCUAGAGCGAAAUAUCAUUGUCCGAAAGGAACAAGUUCAGCGAAAGUGAAUAGUGGUCACGAAGAAAACGAUGUUGGAAACAAUAAACCUAACGGACAAGGUGAUACGUACACAACAUGGGAUACUAUUACCAAUGAUAAACUUCCAGCGUCAAUACCUCUUCUUCUACAAGCUCAACGACUUAGUCCUACCUUGCCAGAAUCAAGUGGAACGAUAGAAGCAGCAUCAUGUGACUACAGUUUGAAAUGUAAGGAAACUAAGGUAAAACUAAUUGGCUUGAGCUACAAUACUGGAGACUCCGACAUAGAGAAUACCCGUGUUUAAAUAUCCUUAUGUGUGGUAAUACAGGUGCCUUCCGUUGAAUUAUUACUUUUUUUUUCCCUUCAGAGAAAAUGUAAAGUGAAAAAAGAUGUUUAAAAACAUAACUUGGAGGUUUUACUUGCAGGGAAAACAUACAUUAAGAUGAUGUUGAAAGUGUUUAUAAUACUUACAUUUCCCACUAUUGAGAACAAAAGUUUGAAAUGUUUACAUUUUUUUAAGCAUUCCAUUAAAAUAAUGAUAAUUAUCCAUGAAUAAUAUAUUGUAAAAAAUAACUAACAACAUUACUGCUAAAUAUAUUCUCAGAUUUUAACAAAUAUUUUAUGAACGUUGUAAAUAUCCCGAAAAAUGGAGCAUAAAAGAAAACAAUAGUAAAGCUCAAUAUAAGAGCCUUAAAGUGAACGUAUUGAUGAAUGUUAUGUAAUGUCAAAUGAUUACAUAAAUAUAAUAAUAAUCUAAUGUUGCAAAAGGAAGCAAUGUAUUUAUUUUCCUGUAAAACAUUUUAUUUUGGAUUGCCGUUUUAAAUACACGUAUUAUAAUCACCUUCUUGUAUCUAUGUAUUCAUCAAUCCAUUUUGGUUGAGCAAAUGAAUCCUCGUGCUUAGUGUGUAUA